AAAUAGAGUGUUGGUUCGUAACUUCAUACAACUGCAUCCAAAAAAUGUACGCGCCAGAAUAAUUUUGCGCGAAAUACAGAAUGUGGAAGUGGAGGAUCUAGGCAUUCAAACGUUGCUCAAAGAAACCCCACUUGAUGGAUUUGAGUCCUUUUGUUUUAAUGGGUCGAAAAGCCUACACAAAAAUAGUUUCAACCACCUGAGUGACGCAGUGAGACUGGCGCUCCUGUACAAAAGAGGAGGCAUCUAUAUCGACUCGGAUGUAAUAUCAAUGAGACGGAUAGAUUUGAACUCACACUACUUUGCAAGAGCUAGUGGGGGCAUGUUCAGCUCAUCAGUGCUCAAAUCAGACACAGCGAAUGAGCGGCUACUCUAUACUGCAAUGAGAAAAGGCGUCUCUGGUUACAACUCGUACUAUUAUGGAUCUAUGUUCAAGUCAUUCCACCAGGCGGCAACCAAGUACUGCAGACAAUGGAGACCAAUGAUGCCAUCUGAAAAGAGGACGGAUCCAGGGACCAGUCUAUCAGAGUUGUACCUGAAUCCAGGCAGAGUAGAUGUUUGUGUUUCGGAUAGAAAAUGGAAGAUUUACGGUCACAAAAGUGGAGCGCUCUGUCAACAUUACGCUUCCAUUGCCGAAAGAAAUGAGGAUAAAAUCAAAAAAGACUUAGAAGAACUUGGAAAAGAAAACUGCUCAAUGUUUCACUACAUGGAAACAUACCACGGAAGAAGAAAAUCAAGUUUGUCAAAGGAAACAAACAGUCUUUUAAACAAAAUUAGGAAAAAUUUUUGUCCAAUAACUUACAAUACAUUGUACUGAUGUUUCAAUAUAUCGUAUCAUAAUUAUCACAAGUUAUCCACAUAAUUUGGAAGUAAUGAGUUAAAUAGAU